AGUGGUCAUAUGCGAUUGCGGUUUCCUUGCAGUCAUCAAGAUGAUUUAAAUUCUCUAAAUCCCCCUUCUAGAAAUAUUUGAUACUGGAUUCAAACUUGAAUUCUCUCCUCUGCUAUCUUCUUGGAUUGGAGCUUUGGCAACUCGCUUAGCUUUCCUCUGUUUCAUAGACUGGAGUUGUGGCAUUUAUGCUUCUGCAGUGUGCUUCAGAAACACAGCCAGGGGCUGGUUAGUUUUGGUAAUUUUGAAUCUGUUUCACCACUCCCACAGCGCAAAGAAAGCGAUAUUCUCACGAUGCUUUAGUCUGACAAGCGCCGGCGACUGUUUGUGUCUCACUUUGUCCUGGGAAAUUGUGCAUUUCACCCUCAUCCAGACGAAUUUUUAGAUUUCAUCCACAUCAUCUUCCACUUGUCGAUGCCGAGUACUACCGCAACAAAGACGAAUGGGAGCGAGCUUUGUGCUGCAGAAGCUUUGCUAACACAGUGCCAUCCACUUCAUUAAUGCUCUCAUACAGGUUGUACGUUAGCUCACAAGCAACAUAUGAUACAAGAAUGGGUACCACAAAAGUCAACUAACACCAUUUCUAAUAGUCUGCAUGUAACACCAUUUCUUUUGGCCUGGAAAUGAUUUCUCAUGUGUAGUAAUUUUUAAGUGUAUAAGCUGACGUUGAUCACAUUAAUCACGUUCAAGCUCGGAUCUGAGCCGUCCAAUCCUUAUCACCUUCUGUCAUCACUUCCCCGUCAAAAAAGGCACGCAUGCAUGCAUACUAACACUUCUGACUUGGGAUCCAUCAAUGGACUCAAAUAUGAUCCGAUUAUCAGCUCCGUUUACCUACAACCAUAGCAACCUUUUCACGAAUCAAAAGCUCAAACGCCGUUUCCCUUCAAUCAGUUAUGGACUACAAGGCAGGAACAAUUAUCAUUCUGAUGCUAAGGAGUUCGACGAGUCGGCAUUUGAAGCUGAGAGGCUGAGACUGGACGCAAAGGCUCGAGACUCAAUGGCCCAGACUUCCAAAAGAGUGAUGGAGGUGCUUGCAGAAGAAGAAGAUGGCCCCAAAGCUUGGAAAUGGGUCAUCCGUAAAAGGACUUGGGAUUUAAUGGAAGCCCGGAAUAUUGCCCAGAAUCCCAGACCCGUUCACCAUCGGAUCCCCAACUUUAUUGGUGCACCUGCUGCUGCCAAAAAUUUGAGUGAACUGCAGGUAUUUGGGAUGGCAAAUUGUGUGAAGGUAAACCCGGAUUCGCCUCAAAAGCAAGUCAGGUUUCUCACUCUUUCUGAUGGCAAGAAGUUGUUGACUCCCCAACCUCGUUUGAGAACUGGUUUCUUUUCGGUGCUUGAAUCCUCUAAGCUAACUCCUAGUACUAUCAAUGAGGCAUGUACUUCCCUUGGGGUUGCAAAGUAUGGAAGGCCAAUUGGGUUGGAUGAAAAGAUCAAGGUAGAUCUGAUUGUCAUUGGUUCAGUUGCUGUAGAUCCAAAGACUGGGGCUCGACUUGGCAAGGGAGAGGGGUUUGCUGAACUCGAAUAUGGCAUGCUGCAGUAUAUGGGAGCCAUUGAUGAGUCAACGCCAGUGGUCACCUCAGUGCAUGACUGUCAGUUAGUGGAUGACAUUCCAGUUGAGAAACUGUUGGUCCAUGAUGUCCCUGUUGACAUCAUAUGUACUCCUACUCAAGUUAUUUUUACCAAUACAGCAAUCCUGAAGCCUCAAGGGAUCUACUGGGAGAAAUUGUCUCCUGAAAAGCUGGGGCAAAUUCGGAUACUGAGAGAGCUCAAGAACAGAAUUGAACGGGAGACUGGACAGAAGCUUCCCUGCGGUCCAUCUGAGAAAUUACCCCCCACUGCUCAAAGAUGGCGCCAACGUUCAUAAAUGGCAAAGAUGGUAGAAGAAACAAGUCGAAAACUGGGGCUACAAUUACAUGCAUUUCGUUUUUGGGUGGUUUAAAAUCGUCAGGGUUCAGAGGGUACAUUGUGGCACAAAUAUUAACUAUAAUAUGUAUAGAAAAAAACUUUGAUGAGCACUUAAAGUAUUAAGUAAAUUAUUUGAAAACAUCAAAUAUUAAUAGAAGAAUUUUAGGAGCUUAAUACUAAUUGUUUGCAACUUCGUUAGAGGAGCUUAAUACUAAUAAUAUUAGUCGAUUAUCUCAUGUAGUUUUCAUCUUA